UUACAGAUCUAGUACAAAAUGCUCUUGAAGAAAAUGGUCUUGAAGAAAAAAUGUAUUUAGAAAAUAAAAAACCUGCAAUUACGUCGGUGGAAAUAUUACCCCCAACUAAACGUAUUACCAUGAAUUCUCGAAAAAUAACUAAAAAACAAAAAGAGGUGGAGAACGAUCAAAACGGAGAAAAACAUAGUCCUGAAUUAGUCAGUGAGUCCAUGAAACUUGGUGAAAAAAUAAUUACGUUGGCUGAAAAUCAAAAAAAACGCAGUAAAGAUGGCAAUACAAAAAAAGAGGAUCCAGUAUUACCUAUUCGAUCCGGGAAACACGGUAAAAAAAUAAUAGCCGUAGAUGAUGAUGAAGAUGACGUAGUUAUAUUGAGCCAAUCGUCAACGUCUUCGUCAUCAUCAUCGUCAUCGGGGUCAUCGUCUUCGUCUUCAGACCCUCCCACUAUUAUGAAUGAGAAUAAUGUUGCUGAAAAAUAUGACGAAGAACAUCAAUAUCGACCUGAAGCAGGGCCUUCAAAGCCCCGUGUCGAGAAACAAAAAAAGGAGUCUGUAUAUAUUACAGAUUUCUGCGUUGACUGCGCGGGAUAUCAAUGUCCGAAUAAAGCAGCCAGACCACACCACCAGUUCUGUAAAGGCUGUCAUGAAAAAUGGCAGAUGGGUGAGCUGCCGCAGUACCCACAACCCUUACAUACAGAAAUACCCAAUGCAAUUUUUGAAAAACGACAGCAAUUUGUAAAUCAAAGAAUAACAUGUUUGCAAGACCAAAUACGUGAGCUCAAAGAAUCAUUGAGUCACGUAAAAUGCGAACUCUGUGCUGGAGAACCUAUUGUAAAUGAAUUUGGUCAUUGUGAACGCUGUGCACAAUUAAUAGAUUAA